AUGGAUUCCCUGGUGAAUGAGAACCACACUGCAGUGACAGAGUUCAUUUUAUUGGGUUUGACAGAUGAUCCAGCCCUUCGAGUCAUCCUCUUUAUCAUCAUCCUGUUCAUGUAUCUGGUGAUCAUAUUUGGCAAUUUCAGCAUAAUUAUUCUUAUCAGAGUCUCUUCUCAGCUCCACAAUCCCAUGUACUUUUUUCUGAGCAAUUUGGCUUUUGCUGAUAUCAUCUUUUCAUCUUCUGUCACACCUUAUAUGCUUGUUAAUUUCCUGGUGGAGAGAAACACAAUCUCCUACUUUGGAUGUGCCAUUCAGCUUGGUACAGCCAUUUUCUUUGGGACAGUUGAAUGCUUCCUGCUGGCUGUCAUGGCAUAUGAUCGCUUUGUGGCCAUCUGCAAUCCACUGCUGUAUUCAACCAAAAUGUCCACACAAGUCUGUGUCCUGUUACUUGUAGUAACUUACAUAGGUGGUUUUCUUAAUGAUACCUCCUUUAGCUUAUCCUUCUUUUCUUUACUCUUCUGUGGAUCAAAUAGAGUCAAUCACUUUUUCUGUGAUUUUUCUCCUUUAGUUGAACUCUCCUGUUCUGAUAUCAGUGUCUCUGCAAUUGUUCCCUCAUUUUCUGCUGGCUCUAUCAUUGGGUUCACAGUGAUUGUUAUCUCUGUCUCCUACAUCUAUAUCCUCAUCACCAUCCUGAAGAUAUGCUCCACUGAGGGCCGCCACAAGGCCUUCUCCACCUGCACCUCCCACCUCAUUGCAGUCACUCUGUACUAUGGGACCAUUACCUUCAUUUAUGUGUUGCCAAAGUCCAGCUAUUCCACUGACCAGAACAAGGUGAUAUCUGUGUUCUACAUGGUGGUAAUCCCCAUGUUGAACCCCAUGGUCUAUAGUCUCAGGAAUAAUGAGAUUAAGGAGGCUUUGAAGAGAAAGCUUUGUAGGAAAAUAUUUUCUUAG